CCGGAAGGCGCGAACUUUUUGAAAGUACAGUAAACCGGAAGCGGGUGACUGCAGCGGCCAUUAUGACAGCUUCCACACCUCAUUCGGGGGGGCGCCGCCAUCCCGAAACCCCAGAUAGUGCGUUUCUUUCCCCGGCGACCAGACGUCAGCCUGUGAGUUUGGCCGGUACCCCCACUUUGCAGAACUUCACCAGCAACGAUGAUGAGCGUGAGAGGAAACAACGGCGACUGUCCCGAGUCAUUGACCUGCAGCUUAGUAAUGUAGAUUCUCCAGCAUCUACCAUCUCUCCUUCUCAUAGGGGGGCAGACACACCAACAGCUCUUCUACCGAAACUAAAUAAUACGCAGAUCUCAGAUCAUUACUCGACCUGCAUCAAGCUGUCACAGGAAAAUAAAAUCACCACAAAAAAUGCGUUUGGCUUGCAUCUGAUUGAUUAUAUGGGGGAUAUCUUGAAGCAGAAGGACAGCGAACUGACCAAUUUCAAGGUAGCUGCUGGAACACUGGAUGCCAGUGCUAAAAUCUACGCAGUGCGAGUGGAUGCGGUUCAUGCUGACGUGUACAAAGUAUUGGGUGGGUUAGGCAAGGAGUCGCAGGAGGGAUCUGAAAAUCAAGACCCUGAUGCCUCUAGGGAGGGUCCUGAUGAUAAGAAGAACCAGAGGAAAAGGAAGCGCUCCUAUAAAACCAUUGAGCAAAAUCUCAACAACAUUAACCGAUCUGAAACAGAUCGGAAGACUGAGGUUGACCCGUUGUUCCAGAAGGCAGCUGCAUCCUUUGAUGAAUUCAGCACAGCCGGUGUCUUCCUCUCCACUCUUCAGUGUCACAAUUACCAUAGUGAGCUUCGCUUUGAUGCAGAUGUGAAGCCACUCUCAACCAACAAGGAGAAUGAGCCUCCGAGCCCAGGCUCUGUGGAUGUCUCCGAGCUGAAAUCUCCUCUAGCGCAGUGUGCCGAGAAGCGUCCUUUAUGUCCAUCCCUCUCUGGAUUCAGAUUCAUGCAGUGGGACAGCGAUGCCCAAAACGAGACUGUCUCAUCUCUGAUGGACAAGUUUAAGAAGAGCGAUCAUGUCUUUGACAUCAACGCCGAGGUGGAAGAGGACUAUGUGGAUGCUGUGGACCCAAUCGCAGAUGAUUUUGAUGCCGAUGCAUGUGACGCAGGAGAAGCUGGAGACCUUGGAGAGUUUAGAGAGCACAGAGAGGCUUGCAGAGCUGAGAAAAAAGGCUCCCAGCUGACUCAAAUUGGAAAUGGAGACAUCGGCACCAUGUGCCUUCAGUUGUCCUCACGUCCUGGUGAAUAUUCCUAUUUCAGCCCUCGUACGAUGUCUAUGUGGGCAGGACCCGACCAUUGGCGUUUCCGUCCUCGUCACAAAGCAGCUGAGUCCAACACUGACAAACAGCGGGUCAAAAAGGUUAAGAAAGCAUUUGAACUGAAUUUUGAUGAUGAUAUAAAUUUUGAAGUUCACCUCUGCAAAACUAGAGCAGCUACUACGCUUACCAAGUCCACCCUGGAAAGCCAGAAUAAGAAGGCCACCACACUGCCAGCGGAUUUCCACUAUGACCCAGACAAUAUCGUGAAACUAAGUCUAAGGCCAAAGGAUAAGAUCAGAAAGAUGGCUGCUAAAAACUCUGUCUCUGAACAUGAAGAUGUGAUUGGAGAAUAUGAUUACAAUAAUCCCAAUGAUACCUCCAACUUUUGCCCUGCCCUUCAGCCUGCAGACAGUGAUGAUGAUGAUGGUCCUUUCAUGGGCCCUGGAGACGAGUUUGAGUUCACAGCCAACACAGGGUUGCCCGCAGAACAUAAAAUGGAUAUCACCAGCUAUUCAGAAAACAAUCUGGUGGCUGAGCCUCAGAAGGUCAACAAAAUAGAAAUUAAUUAUGCAAAAACUGCCAAGAAGAUGGAUAUGAAACGUCUAAAGACCAACAUGUGGGGGCUGCUAACAAACUGUCCGGAUAAAGAGGUAGAGGAAGAGCAAAUGUCAAACCACGAAUCUGAAUCCAAUGGCAUAACGGAGGAGCGGGCGUUCAGCAAUGUCACACGCGAUCUACAGAAAAGGUUGCCCCCGGUGAUGGCCCAAAAUCUGUCUGUCCCUCUGGCGUUUGCUUGCCUCUUGCACCUGGCUAAUGAGAAGAAUUUAAAGCUCCAAGGCAUGGACGAUUUGUCUGAUGUGCUAAUAUUGCAAGGAGAUUAAUCACCCGAGACAUAACCCUUUUACCUGAAGUAGAACGCCUCAAGCGGACGUGGAAAUCUUUGAACAAAAAUGUUUUAAAGACUCUGUCAUAUCCAACAGAGAAGAGCUGUGUGCCUCUCCCAGAUCUCUGUACAUAGUGUAUUUAUCUAACAAACCUUUUUUUUUAUUAAUGCCAACUGAGUCUAGAAAAAAAUAAAACUUCAUGUGAACCAAAA